GUGCAGCUGGCGAGGAGGAAGGAGGGAGCCGGAGCGCACGCGUAGGCCAGCCAGAGGCGCAGCCCUGUCGGUCGGGGCGCGGGCCCCCCGGGAGCCGCAUCGGGACUCGGCACCGGCGGGGCAGGCGGUGGCGGUUUUAUAACCGGAUUCUCCGUGACGUACGGCUGCCUGGCAGUUAUCUUUCUGGACCAGUAGGCAGAGAGGGGGAUUGACGCCGACGAGACUUCUGCAUCUUGGAAGGGACUGUAAUCUUCUGUAGUGAAGAACAGAAGCUCUCAAUCACGCGGGUGUAAAUAAGAGCCGGAGGGGGGCCCAAAAGAAAAGGAAGAGGAGGGGAGAAGUGUGUAUUGGGGGGAGCGGGCAAAGCAUUUUUGGUGGAUGGUACGAAGCCAGCCAUGGAAACUGCAGCCGAGGAAAAUACUGAACAAAGCCAAGAGAGAAAAGUGAACAGCAGAGCUGAAAUGGAAAUUGGCAGGUACCACUGGAUGUACCCAGGCUCAAAGAACCACCAGUACCGUCCCGUGCCAACCCUGGGGGACAGGGCUAGCCUCUUGAGCAGUCCAGGCUGCUUCGAAUGCUGCAUCAAGUGUCUGGGAGGAGUCCCCUACGCCUCCCUCGUGGCCACCAUCCUCUGCUUCUCCGGGGUCGCCUUGUUCUGCGGCUGUGGGCACGUGGCUCUCGCGGGCACCGUGGCGAUCCUUGAGCAACACUUCUCCACCAACACCAGUGACCAUGCCCUGCUGAGCGAGGUAAUACAACUGAUGCAGUAUGUCAUCUAUGGAAUUGCAUCCUUUUUCUUCUUGUACGGGAUCAUUCUGUUGGCAGAAGGCUUCUACACCACGAGCGCAGUGAAAGAGCUGCACGGGGAGUUUAAAACAACCGCCUGUGGCCGGUGCAUCAGUGGGAUGUUCGUCUUCCUCACCUAUGUGCUGGGAGUGGCCUGGCUGGGUGUGUUUGGCUUCUCUGCAGUGCCCGUGUUUAUGUUCUACAACAUAUGGUCAACCUGUGAAGUCAUCAAGUCCCCCCAGACCAACGGGACAGCCGGGGUGGAGCAGAUCUGUGUGGACAUCCGGCAAUACGGUAUCAUUCCUUGGAAUGCUUUCCCAGGAAGAAUAUGUGGCUCGGCCCUGGAGAACAUCUGCAACACCAAUGAGUUCUACAUGUCCUAUCACCUGUUCAUCGUGGCCUGUGCGGGAGCUGGUGCCACCGUCAUUGCCUUGAUCCACUUCCUCAUGAUACUGUCUUCUAACUGGGCUUACUUAAAGGAUGCAAGCAAAAUGCAGGCUUACCAGGAUAUCAAAGCAAAGGAAGAACAGGAACUGCAAGAUAUCCAGUCUCGGUCAAAAGAACAACUCAAUUCUUACACAUAAAUGUUUGCCAGAGGGUCUCAGCCGACGAAUUUACAGCUGACAAAUCAUCAGACAGACAGCUGCUCUGCAGUACAGAUGUGUACCCCACCAAACAAACUCACGUAGAAGUCCAAACAAACACUUCACUGUCUGUCUCAAGCUGCUGGGAUGUAUUUCUAGGAAAACCUUCCAGUAGGUAAAUCUUUUUCUUUAGAACAGAUAUUGGAGGUUUCAUGGGAGCCAUUUUAAAAGGCAACACUUUGACAAAAUGAGCGUUCAUCAUCCGUUUGAAAAUCUGUGGCCUGUUCACGAUCCUACCAAGACAGGCUGUGAGAAUACAUCAUACCCCUAUCUAUCUUGAUAGGGACCAUGCCAUACCAGCGUCAGGGGGUGUGACCAUCCGUUCUCAAAUAGAUAAAUGUAUCUAAAAUAGGAGAUAAAGUGGAAUUGAUGUGAAGUUCCAUUUCUGACAGACAGCUGACAUUUAUGAAGCUGGGGCUCAAAGAUAAAGUGAUCCUUACAAUUGACCUUUUUUAAAAAAAGAGCUGACCUCCGCACCCGCAGGACGUAUUAAUUUCCUGAUCCAAUCAGAAAUCCUUUUUUCCCCAAGAAUGUUAAGAUGAGCCCACUAUAAUAAUUCUGCUACACCGAGCGUGGAGGAAGCCGGAUUUCAACUGACAAACUUUCCAGAAUCAACUUCCCAGAAUCAAUUUUAUAAUAGAUUUCAUUUUAAUAAAGUGACCCAGUUGUCAUCAUUCUUGAGAAAUGUCAGCUCUGCCUUAAUGAGUAUUUGCUUUAAAUUUCUAAGAACAACAGGCAACCCCAAAUCCUUCAUAGAAUUUUGUUCCACAAGUGUUUUUCUUCAUGGAGAAGUGUUACCUUAUUAAAAUGACCACCACUCAAAACCGUUUUUACGUGGUCUGAAUAGUGAGUUUACAGUUUCAUACCAACUACAUAGCUAAAACCGAAUGACCAACAGACCGCACACCACCUACUUUUUUUAUACACUUGAAUACUGAAGUAAUUUCAAUUAGGGUUGGUAUUUAUUUCACUUUUUCUUAUCUAAAUCUUAGUUUCCUGGAAUAAUAAAGUUCAGUGUUCAGCAAAAAAAAACCCCCAAAAACCCCCCACAAAAACAACAACAAAAAAACCCAACUGCUUGAGUUUUAAGCCAUCUUCGAAAGAAACUUGCCUUCUAAAUCAUUGUGUUUCAGAACAUUAAGUGACUAUAGGUAUCGAGUAUUAGUGAUGGUAAACUUUGUGUUGUUCUUUAGGAAAUGAUACAUAUAACUGUUGGGUGCAUUAGUGCUUUUCAAAGGGGGCUGCAUAAUAUAGGGUUAACUUUGUAUAUUCAUGUUAAGAAUUAACUUGUGGUUUGGCUGUUUCCUGGAUUUUAAAACGUAUCCAUGUGCAGAAAUGUGUUAAAAUGAGAGGAAGCAUACCUUUAUCAGAUGCUAUUAAAAUUGAACAUCAAGUAUAAUAGUUCAUUUGGAUUCUUUUCGUUGGUGUUGUUAAUGCCUAAAAAAAUGCCUAUUGGGAUCUUGACUUUUUUUUUUUUUUUUUUAAUUGGGAGACAUUCUCUUCUGUGUAGAACAGUUGUUCCAGAAUAGCUUGGUGUUUUGUUUUCCUGUUGCAUGACAGACUUAAAUAUUUUUUCCAGCAGUGGAGGUGCUGUUUUGAGUCCAGUGUUCUAGAAGAGGCAGUGUCUAAAGCCUAAUUUUACUUUUCUAAUUCUGGUAGCCAUUACCAGGAAUUUUUGAAAGUUUUGUUUAAGUAGUCUAAUAUUUUUUAUGUAAAGAGCAUUAAAUUUUGCUAUGUAUAAAUUUUUGUAACCUAACAGUGAAUCAAUAUUUUCUAUCAGUGCCAAGGGCUUCCUGUAGUUCAAGUGUUACAAUAAAUAUUUGUAGAUAAUAGUCAGUACUUGUGUAUGCUUAUUUUAAAGAUCUAUUUAGGUGGCAAUAGCUGUGGAUGUAUUAAGAGAAAUGAAAUAAAAAUUAUAGCUUCA